GACGCAGUUUUAACCUAACAAUGUGCAUGAAUCAUGCAUGAUUAAAUAUCAUCCUCUGUUGUCAACAUACUUCUGUAAAUAAACUCAUCAUAGAUACCAGGAUACUUUGAACUUUAAAUAUGUCGACAUAGUUAUCUUGAUAUUGAUUCACAGUAAAUUUUACAUGUUGCAUUUUUGUCGUACAUUUUAUAAGGCCAAGGAUAACAAGCGGAUUUCCUGUAUUAUUUUAUUCUGUUUUCAUCUAGGGCGUCAUGACAGCAUGUGAAAAAACAGUCAACCAGUAUGGAAAUGAUUCAUAUACUGAAGGUUCUGAAGCCGAAACCGAUACAGGGAAUAACCUUGGUUCAAGAUCACAUGACGAUAAAAAUGUUGACGGCGGAUGGGCCUGGGUCGUCUUAGCAGGAUCGGCUGCACUUUUUUGUGUAUUUGGAUCUACAAUGAAAGGAUUUGGUGUAUUCUUCAGUGGUUUUGUAGAGGAGUUUGGUGCUAGUUCUUCAAUCACUGCCGUUAUACCUGGUGUACUACAGGGUACAUAUAGCCUUUUCACUCUACCGGUGCUGACUAUUGGCUUAAGAUACUUUACUACCAGACAGUUUUGCAUAGUCACUGGGCUAAUGGCAAGUGCUGCUUUCAUAUCAUGCAGUUUUGUUGAAACAGUCCAUAUACUCAUAAUAACGAACGGUGUUAUGAUUGGAACUGCAUUUUCUCUCUGUCAUGGUCCGUUAAUGUAUCUGAACGGUCUUUACUUUGUCAAAAGGAGAAAUUUAGCUCAAGCCAUUGUUGUAGCUGGGUUUAGUUUUGGCGGGUUUGUUUUCCCGCCAAUCUAUACGUAUCUUAUAAAAGAAUAUGGACUUCGAGGAGGGGCCAUAAUAACUGGAGGAAUACAACUAAAUGUUGUAGCUAUUGCUUUACUGUUGAGGCCAAAACGAUUGAAGGCUACAGAGGAUGUUGAAAUCCUCAUGGAUGUUCAAACAAAUGAUGAUAUUAAGAAAACAAGUUCACUUUAUCAUUUACCGACUACAAACUCCAUAGACAAAACAUCAAAUCAGCUAUUGCUAGUACAUAAUGACCGAGAACGAAGUUACAGUGAAUCUUUAUCUUAUCCAGUGAUUGAUAAAGUGAAUGGCCUAAAGAUAAAUUCAUUUUCGGCACAACAUUUAGGAGAACCAGAACAUAGUGGAUCAUUAAAUAAAUUUCUUAAUCAAAUUUCAAACUCCAACAUCACACGUGUACUAGGAGAAAGUGAUAUAGUAAGCAUGUCUCUAUCGGAACUGAGAGUUGAUAAAUUCAGGUCAUGUGCUUCUGUUGAGAGUGUUGUCACAUUAAAUUGUGCAAACAGAUUGAAAUUCUUUGUUGAUUGUACUGUAUUUCAUCAUUGGUUUAUGUGUGUAUAUUUAUUCGUUUACUGUUUUGGUAGCAUUGGAUCUGCUUAUGUGAUAAUUUUCAUUGCUCCAUUUGCAAAAGACAAUGGUGUUAGUCCAGAAAGAGUAGCUAGUCUCAUCUCAAUCGUAAAUGCUUGUGAUUUUACUGGAAGAUUAAUGAAUGGAGUUAUAACGGACAGAAAAAUAUUAAAAAACCACCAGUCAAUCAUAAUAACAUUGUCCGUAACAACUGUUUGCUUGGCACUAUCACCUCUGUACACUGAAUAUUGGCAUUUUGUGCUUCUUGCUGUUAUUGCUGGAUUCUGCGCUGGAGGUAUAUUCGCUAUGACUCCAUCAGUUGUGGCCGAUUUUCUAGGAAUAGAUAAUUUUAGGUCUGCAAUGGGAAUUUUGGUAUUAGGUCAAGGUGUAACGUUAGGAUGCUCAGCUCCAUUUAUAGGGUACCUUAGAGACGUGACUGGAACAUAUAUAACAUCGUUUCUUUUUAUGGCCGGAUGUGAAUUCAUUUCAGUUGUUGUGUUUACAGUUGGUCUCCUUGUUAAACAGAAAUCUCUGAGAUAAAUUCCUUAAUCUCAUGUGGGUGUUAUAGGACAACAGAAAUCUCCGAGAUAGUUUUCUUAAUCUCAUGUAGGGUUUUAUAGGACAACAGAAAUUUCCAAGAUAACUUCAUUAUUCUCAUGUAGUGUAUUGUAGAACAACAGAAAUCUUUGAGAUAACUUCCUUAAUCUCAUGUGGGGUUUUCUAGGGCACCGAAAUCUCUGAGAUACCUUCCUUAAUCUCAUGUGGGGUUUUAUAGGACAACAGAAAUCUCCGAGAUAACUUCAUUAAUCUCAUGUGGGGUUUUAUAGGACAACAGAAAUCUCUGAGAUAACUUCCUUAAUCUCAUGUGGGGUUUUAGAGGGCACCGAAAUCUCUGAGAUAACUUCCUUAAUCUCAUGUGGGUGUUAUAGUACAACAGAAAUCUCUGGGAUGACUUUCUAAAUUUCAUGUGGGGUGUUAUAGGACAACAGAAAUCUCUGAGAUAACGUCUUUAAUCUCAUGUGUUAUAAGAAAACAAUAAAAAAAUCCUACACAAAGUCUUAAUAAUCACUUAAUUUUCUCUUAGUCUUAAUUGUGGGAAUAGGGUUUAGAAUAAUUGCAGGUGUUAUUAAGAUACCGUUUAAUCACUGGUUAAUAUGUUUAAUCUGCACAAUGUUUGACCACGGUUGAUACAUUUGAUCAUCCGAGAUCCAUAAUUUAAUGAUUUAUUGUUUUAUAUAAUAUCUUGUAAUUUGCGAUUUGUAGCCUGAUAUAGGGUAUAGUCACUUGUCUAUUGCUGUCAAAUUAUAGAUGUCUUUUUUGUGGUUUGGUUGCUGUCUCGUUGUCGUAUACACAUAAAUUUAAUCUAUUUAUGAGUUUAACGAUACGGAACGAUAACAUGAAAGAGGUUGCUUUACCGGUUUUUUUUUCUUUAAUUUAAAUUGAUUUGAGUGAAAUGUCAGUACUUUAUACAUAUAUUGUGUAUGAAUGGAGAAUGUAUGAAAAGGGUUAAUGUUUAUACCGGCUGAAAUUGAAAAAAAAGUGACAUUUUUCAUGCAAAAUUAUGUAGGUUUUAUUGAUUAUAAAUUUGGAUUACAAAAGUUUAGUAAUGGUAUUUGUGAUGUCAUAAUAUUUGACCAAAAUGGCAAUACUUGUUCGUUAAAUUAUGUAUGAGUAACAACAGCCUUACCCAAAAAUCUGUUUUCACCUCGAAUCAACUAUUAUAUUUGGGUUAUUUUUGUUUAUUUUUUAUUUUUUAUGAAAAAGUAAUCCAAG